GACAUUUUAUCAACAAGGACGAGAGUCUGUUCACGAGCAUCCAACAGGAUUGUUGUGCUAAGACACAGUCAUGCCAGUCUUAGCUCGCUUGGUAGAUGUUAAUCCGACAAGAAGAUAUGUACCGAAGAUCUACAAAGAAGAAAAUAUAAUUUCACCCAAGAAAAAGAAAGAUAUCACGAACUUUCUAAGUUCUGUUCGAACUGGUGAUGUGAAUUCAGUGAAGCGUUUCUUGGAGGGAGGUCUGGAGGCAGACGUGGAAGGCGAAGGAAAGGAAACCGCUUUAACCACGGCUGUGUUUACUGAAAAUACUGCUAUGUGCCGGCUGUUGAUUGAACAUGGUUGUGAUUUGAACAAAAGUGGGACAGUCCCGCCUUUCUACUUCCGCCUCACCCCACUGUGUCAAGCGGUCAGUGCAGGGAACACACAGGCAGUGAGGAUGCUCCUUCAGGCCGGAUGUAAAAAAGAUCUCAGAGAUGAUCUUGGCCGACCUCCAUUAUUUUACUCCAUGUCUUGUUCCAAUGAAGACAUGUUAGAUCUCCUUCUGAGGUCAGGGUGCGACAUCAACCUCGGCACCAAAGACACCAACUACACCAUCCUCCACGAGGCAGUUGCUAAGGGAAAGCUGGAUAUCGUCAAGGUAUUGCUGGAAGCCGGCGCCAACCCUAAUAGUUAUGAAGUCAAUCAACGCUUAACUCCGUCAUUCUUCACCACGCGGCAAGACAUCCACGAACUGCUGGUAAAGUACGGCUCCAACAUGAACCACACAAGUCGGUCAGGUGACACGGUGCUACACCAUGCUAUCACACAUGGCGAUCUCCCGCUGGUAGAAUAUUUCCUCAAUAAAGGUGCAAUUAUCGAUGCUAUAAAGACGACGUGUGUGGUCUCUUCCCACAACAUCCUGCAGCAGGUGAACAUCCAAGACCCCCUCCAGCAGGCCGCGACAGAGCACUACUUCAAAAUAUGCAUCCGACUCAUCCAACAUGGCAGCUCCACGCAGUUUCUCAAUUCGGACGAAAAUGAUCUUGUCACGAGACUUCUAAGUAGCGAGAACCUGGAGCUGAUUCUCACGUUGUUGUUCGCUUCCGGAAACACCAACUGGUUGAAGAGAAUUUUGUCGGAUGAAGUGCGGAAUCAUCUGAACAUUUCUAAGGCAACUCGUGAUUGGUUGCGGAGACUGGCCAACAAGGUGCUGCCGCUGAGGAUGAUAGCGUGUCACACUAUCCGUCAAACGUUGAAAAGCCGAGCAUCACAAGGGAGUAUUCUGAAAGAUAUUUCGAAACUAUCAUUGCCAGAAGUGAUGCAUGAUUGUGUGGAACUGAAGGUGAAGCUAGCAUGAUUG